AUGGGCUAUGUGUGUGUACACAGCCCAGUCACACCCAACACUGCCCCCGGAGACAGGAGAAUCAAGGACGGAGCCACGAGCAGCGACGGACGCAAGGAGAGGGACAUUGGGUUUAACCUAGACUUGCCUCUGACACGGACAUCGGUAAAUGUAACACUUGCGCGCUGGAGAUCAGACCAGUCCCACACAAUGGCGGUGACGUGGACCUUGUUCUCACGGGCAGGGUAUCAGGCGGAGACUGGGAGUCAGGAUCAACACCAGUGGUUCUGGACCCGGCGGCCCCGCCCGCGGAAGUUGGCACCGAGCAUCACCGAGCCAGAGGCUGAACCAAAGAGACUCAACUCACCUCAGUCGGAUAACUUGGCCGGGAGCGCAGCGCCAGCCGGCCACAUCUCCAUGGACGCUCUUCCUCUGGUCUUCGUUGUUCAGGUGUUCCGGGUUUGCGCAACGCGUUUCUGUCCGAGUUCCUCCCGUCACCUAACAGAUAACUUUAAUUUAAGGGAUAUGUUUCCAGUUGCAGGAUUCGGGCCUUUUCCGUCCGGGGCCCGGGAUGUUGUGACUGCUGAUGUCGGUCAGACGGUUGAAUUGUCCUGUAAGACAGAGUACAAAGUGGAAAUCGCGGACCACGUCCUCUGGUACAAACAGCGUGCGGACCAGGCCCCGAUAGCAAUCAAGACCAUCGGCUGCGCACAGACCGGCUGCAGGGCGACUUUAGAUAAAGGUCCCGGGGAUAACACGUCCACUCUGAGAAUCCGGGACGCCCAGGUUGAUGACUCGGGUGUAUAUUACUGCUAUGGACGGGAUAACUAUGCUUCAUUCGCGAGAGGACUCACGCUUCUGGUCGGAGACAGCUCCACCAACGAGACCAGUCUGCUGGUGUUUGUGCCACAGAUUGAGACAAACGACUCGGCCCCCCUGGUGUGUCAGGUCAGCGGCCUUUCCUCCAACGUGGUUGUCAUUUACUGGAACAUCUCGGGACAGCUGACGGAAGGACGGAGUGACUCGGGCAGGAUUGAGACGGAUCACAGCUACAGCGUUAGAAGUCAAGUGUUGGUCCCGGCUGGAGUUUGGUGGGGCGGGGAGAUCUGUACAUGCAUUGUGCAAAUGGGGAGCGCGGACAAGACCCGGACCAAGAGCGUGUCCCGUCCCAUCCCCACCCCAGACCAUGGUGAGUUGGAACACGGCACAGGUGAGAUUAUGUUCAUCAAGGUGUCAUCUGCCGUUCAGUGUUUAUGUUGA